CACUGAUGUGUGUGUGCGCGUGUUUGUAUGUGUUUCUGAGCUAAAGACAGUGAGGAGGAAUAACACACACAUUUACUCAUCGGCGGGUUUAUUUUUUUAAAACACAGAUCACCAGUAAUGGACGGCAUUGGUGACGUCGCAGUUGGUGUAAAGAGAGGAUCAGAUGAGCUGCUGUCCGGCGGCAUGUAUAACAGCCCUAGUUCUGGGUUGAGCAGUAUCAGUGAUACAACAUCCAAUGGCAGUGACAGCAAAAAACUCAGAGUUGAAGAGAGAGUCGGCGACGCCCCGCCAUCCCGUGUUCUCCACAUCAGAAAGUUACCUAACGAUGUGUCUGAAGCAGAGAUCAUUGCUCUGGGGCUUCCUUUCGGAAAGGUCACCAAUAUUCUCACACUGAAAGGCAAAAACCAGGCGUUUCUGGAGCUCAGCACGGAGGAAGCUGCUAUGACAAUGGUCAAUUAUUACUCCGCUGUGACGCCUCAUGUCCGUAGUGUGCCUGUCUACAUACAGUAUUCCAAUCACAAAGAACUCAAGACUGACAAUUCAAGCCAGUCAGGUGGGACUUCCACAUCAGGGUCCAACUCUAGUGACGGUAGCGGUUCGGCCUCCAGUCCAGUGCUAAGGAUAAUCAUAGAUAACAUGUUUUACCCUGUCACCCUGGAUGUGCUGCAGCAGAUUUUCUCAAAGUUUGGCACCGUCAUGAAAAUCAUCACAUUCACCAAGAACAAUCAGUUUCAAGCCCUGUUGCAGUACAACGAUCCAGCUUGUGCGCAGCAAGCUAAAGUGGCUCUAGAUGGUCAGAACAUUUACAACGCCUGCUGUACUCUUCGUAUAGACUACUCAAAGCUUGUCAAUCUGAAUGUGAAAUACAAUAACGAUAAGAGCAGGGAUUAUACCAGACCGGAGCUUCCAGCUGGAGAUGGGCAGCCCGCUUUGGAUGUUGCUGCUGCCUUGAGUAAAGACUCCAGUUCCCUGCUUGGGAAGAUCCCUGGUGCUCUGAGCCCGUUGAGUGCGGCUGCUGCUGCCGCUGCGGCUGCUGGAAGAGUGGCUCUGUCCGGGCACUCUAGCUCUGGUGGUGUGCUGCUCGUUAGCAAUCUAAACGAAGAGAUGGUUACGCCCCACAGUCUGUUUACCCUCUUCGGAGUUUAUGGAGACGUGCAGCGCGUGAAGAUCCUUUUUAAUAAGAAAGACAGCGCACUGAUACAGAUGGCCGAUAUGAACCAGGCUCAGCUUGCGAUGAGCCAUCUAAACGGUCAGAAGAUGUUUUCAAAGAUCAUCAGAGUCACAAUGUCCAAGCACCAGACCGUUCAGCUGCCGAGAGACGGUUUAGAUGACCAGGGUCUCACCAAAGACUUCACCAACUCGCCGCUACAUCGCUUCAAAAAGCCUGGCUCCAAGAACUUCCAGAACAUCUUCCCUCCUUCUGCCACGCUGCAUCUGUCAAACAUCCCGCAAGACGUUACUGAAGAAGACCUCAGAGUCCUGUUCUCCAACUCCGGCGGCACUGUGAAAGCUUUCAAGUUUUUCCAAGAUCAUAAAAUGGCCCUGAUUCAGAUGUCGACCAUCGAAGAAGCCAUUCAAUGCCUGAUCGACCUCCACAAUUACAACAUGGGUAAUAACCACCACCUGAAGGUCUCCUUUUCCAAAUCCACCAUCUGAAACGUAACCCGAGAGGUCUCGAUCUCAACCUUUUUUUCUAUCGUCGCCUGUUGACUGUUUCAAUACACUGGGGACCAUGCGUUUCUUUUUCCAAGAUUCAUUCCUAAAGAAGAUGUCUAAAGAAAGAAAUAUUGUGACUGAUUUUCCAAGGACCUUUUUUUUUUUUAACACCGUUUCCCUAUCGUGGGCACUCUGAUGUGCUAGAAAGCUGUUGUGGUGUAAAGUCCUGAUCCCCUUAUAAUAAAAAAAGCAGAAAAGAAUGUGCCUUACAAAACUUUUCAGAAUUAUUGUUUUUCUCAAACCCAUGCUUUUGUUUGAGGGUAAUAUUACACUAAGUGUCAUGUUUUUAUUUUCUUCUCCUCGUGUUGAGUCUGUAUAGUGUAUAAAAUCCAUCAAUCUUUUUAUCGCGUCUUUCGUUUGUUUUAUUCUUAAUGCCCAUGCCGUUUUCAUUGAAGAAUUGUAAAUAAAUGCGACUCUCCAGUGGUCGUUAUGGACCCAUUUUUAACCCACCAAUCUAGCCAAAACUCUUGUAAUUUGGAGAAGAAGCCCGUUGUAAUUGCUCAUUUUCUUUCCUCCAGUUUUCUUUUAUAUACCUGUUGUUGUCUUUAUCCUAAGUGGAAGGUAAUUGUGACAUGCUUUUCUCUGACGCUGGUGCAUCAUUAUUCUUGGGUUGGAAAUCACUUCGUGUGAAUUGGAAAGACAACUACAGUACAAGGGACCAAAGUUUGUGCCUAUAGUCUUAAUUUACUCCCAUAUAGUAAGCGUUUUAAAGGGAUAUUUCACACUGAAAUGGAAAUUUGCAGUUUGUUUAGUUACCUCCAGAUCAUCUGAGAUGUUGGUGGCCUCUUUCUUUUGAGAAAUAUUGAAGAUUUUUACCUGAAAGUGAGGACGUUGGUGAUUUCAUAAAAUGUAAGUCAGUGGCUUGAUGACUUUUAGAGUAAAAAAAAAAAAAAGUGUGUAUGUAUGUAUGUGUGUAAAUAUAUAUAUAUAUAUAUAUAUAUAUAUAUAUAUAUAUAUAUACAGGCAAAAUAAAAUGACUCCUGAUUAGAGCUGAGCGAUAUGGCAAAAAUGUCAAUAAAAAAAAUCUCUAAUUAUUUUCCAUAUGGAAUGCCAACGAUAUAUAUUUCGAUAUACGUUGUUAUUGCUUCCAAAUUUAAAAUUGUAACCCAACAAUGACUAAAGCCACAAAAAAUAGAAGGUCCAAUAAAUCACGCAACAUUUUUAGCUGAUUAAUUUGUCGGUGGCCAAAAAUUCAGUACAUCUCUAAUAUCAACACACUUUUAGAUUCCCAUUGUUGGACAUUUCUGCUGUGUGAUCCUGGAUCAAUAUAGAGUAAAACAAGUCCAGAGUUUAUCAUGUUAUUGAAGUAAAUUUUUAGCGUGAUUCAAUAUAAUAUCGUCUAUCGGCCCAGCCCUACUACCGACGACACAUGAAUCACCAACCACAUGUCUGCUGUGAUUGACUCUUAGAUCAAUAAAGAGUAAAAAAAAAAGUCCAGAGCUUAUUGUUAUUGAUGUAAAUUUUCAUCACAAUUUGAUAUAUCGUUUAUCGACCCAGCCUUACUACCGAUGAUACAUUCAUCAACUUGCAUCAUUUUAUGAAUCACUAAGGACCACGGUUUCUAGUGCAAAUCUUUCAUGUUAUGCUGAAAACAAAUGUUACCUACAUGUUGGAUACCUUGAGGAAGAGUAAACAGCAAAUUUUUAUAAUUUUUUUUUGACUGAACUGCUUCAUUUUUUUAGAAGAGACGACACGGGCAGGUUUUGGAGAGAAUACAUGAUGUUAAUUGUAAAGUCCACAUUUUCUUUUCUUAGAGGGGCAAGUCUUAUGUUUUGUUUUAUGUCUGUAGGACUGUAUGAUCCAAAUUUGGAUGUGGCACAAUUAAAAGAUUUUUUUUUUUUUAACAAAAGCUGGAAGCCUUGACUUUGGAUAUGUGUUUUGAUUUCUUCCUCUUUCUGUUUAAUUUUCUGUGGCAUGAUUAAUAAACACUUGUGUAGUUCUGCA